GUCGUAAAUUUGCUUCGUAUUUUUAUUCUCAUGGUAACCUGUGUUUGAUGUAUUGAGUGUUUUAAUUCAUAAAAAAAUUAGCUAUUAAUAAAUAAUAAAGGUAAUUAUAAAUGCAUGUAAUUAUUCUUAAUUAAGUGAAUGACGCAUUUAUCGCGCAUCAUUUAUCGCUAUAUACCAACUUCCGGUUUCAGACCCACAUGGUACAUAGGGAGCGAUAGAGGAAAGACCGAUAUUGUUCCCUAUACUUUCUACCCGGUGUGUUGCACGGUUGUAUAAAUGCAAGUAUUAAAUACUGCUUAAUACUAACUAUGAACGAACAAAACAAUAGUAUCUUGUUCGGUGGUUUGAAGAAACGCCUUCCGUCCGGAUAUUGCAACGGUCAAGGAAUAUAUAUUGUGUCCCGUGGUGAAUGAAAAAUCCUCAUUCCCACCAAUUUCUGCUUCUUUCUUGAUAAUUUGGAAGUUAACGACAUGGACAUGGACGACCUGAGCUCUUGGUUUGACUCUAACUAUCAGAAUGACUCCCAGAAAUUUAUUGAAAAGAAUUCACUGUUGCAAUCUUUGAAAGACAAAAUCAUAUCAUCCGAUAAAAUCAUGAAGCUACUUCAGACCAAGACAAAUGAGUCAGCAUUUCUUAAGAAAAAGUUGCAGAAUUUAGCCGAGUGUUUAAAGCAAAAAGAAAGGACUUCUCAAGAACUGCGUUCACAAGUCAAUAAUCUUCUCAAGGUACCUGAACUCAAUAAGAAGGUAAAGCAGACAAUUCUAUAUCUUUUAUUCUUUUAAUGGUUUCAGCCAUUU